AAAAAAAAAAAAAAAAAAAAAAAAAUCCUAACGCCUAAGUUUAAGGGAAUUCUAUUAUCAUGGAACUAAACAAUAUUGAUCAAUCUAUCUGUCAGCCAUCUAAAUACUUUCAGACCACCUUGGCUCCAAAUACACAUCAAGAUCUUACCCAGCUUUCUUUUACAAACAGCAUGAAAAGCAACGGUUAUAAAGCUUACGAGACGACUGGACACAAGUUGUCUUAUUACUCACCAGAAUAUGACCAUGUCAUCGCGUCUCACCACCACCAUCUCAAAGCGAAAAGUCAUCGCGUCACGAAGGCUGCUACCCAAGAGGCAAACGACAAACCCUUUAAAUGUACAGUACCUGGUUGUAUCAAGUCUUAUAAGAAUCCAAACGGUCUAAAGUAUCACACUGAACAUGGACAUCGGUCCGCUCUAUCAGACACGGAGGAAAAGAAGCCGGUUAUUAAACCCUAUAGGUGUAGUUACCCUGAAUGCGAAAAACGAUAUAAGAAUCCAAAUGGACUAAAAUAUCACCUCGAACAUGCACAUCCUUCACAUCCUUCACAUUCCUCACAUCCUUCCAUAAUUCAUCGAGGAUAGGAUAGAUUGUGUCAAAGGAAAAAAAAAAGCAAAGCAGGAUGAAUCAUCAACAUAAAGUUGGCUUUCUUGAUCCUGCAUUUUUCAUUAUUUGUGUUGUUUCUCCAUAGAUUGGAUUUAGCAAGUUCAAUAAAUUUUAUAGGAACAUUUGGAAAAUAAGCAAUGCAAGUCAUUGCAAUUUAAUAAUUCAACAUAGUCCAUUUCUUUUAUCUGUUUUUUUUCCUUUUUACUUUUAUCUGUCACGAAUUUUAUUUGGAAUUACUUUACUUAAUUCCUGGUUUUCGUGAAUCUGUAUAUUCCUUUCUUUGC